AUGCUGAGGUCAACCAUAAGUAGCUGGAGAGAAUAUCUUACUCCAAUUUCGCAUAAAUCCACGUUUCUUUCUACGGGGCAAAUUACGCCGGAAGAAUUUGUACUAGCGGGCGACUAUUUGGUACAUAGGUUCCCUAUUUGGAAAUGGAAUGAGUCUGUUGUAGACGUCUCAGUGAGGGAUUUUUUACCUGCAGAGAAGCAAUUCUUAGUUAUUAGGAAAGUCCCUUGUAUGGAACGUGCUCAGGAUAUGUUGAACGUUGAAGACGAAAGGGGAGAAAGCGAUAAUCAAGGUUUAGAAGAAGGAGAGGAUGAUAUGGAUAUAAUUCGAGUGGAAAACAACAAAUUGAAUAUGAUAGGCAAGGACCAUCAAGACGACAUCGAUGAAUUAAUGCGAGAUAUGGAACUCCAUGAUAGUGAAGACGAGGAUGUUAAUUCAAAUGUCAAUAUGGAUGAACAGACAUAUGCCAAAAGAAGGUAUUAUGAUCUUUAUAUUACUUAUUCCACAUCAUAUCGUGUGCCGAAGAUGUACAUGGUGGGCUUCAACGGGGAUGGUUCGCCAUUAACACCCGAACAAAUGUUUGAAGAUAUCUCUGCGGACUAUAGGGCCAAGACGGCUACUAUUGAGAAUUUACCAUUUUACAAACCAUCUAUUCCAUCUGUGUCGAUACAUCCUUGUAAGCAUGCAAAUAUAAUGAAAAUAUUAUUAGAAAAGGUUCGCUUAAUUAAUCAUAGAAGAAGGAGCGAGCAAGAAGAAGAUCAUGAGGCAAAAAAUGUGAAGCAAGAUACUGAGGAUUGGGAAGACUUACAAAAGGAUGUAUAUGACACAUUGAGGGCAGAUCAAUACUUGGUUAUAUUUUUGAAAUUUAUAACAAGUGUGACUCCCACUAUCGAACAUGACUAUACCAUGGAAGGAUGGUGA